AUGGCCCUCCCUCUCCACCGUUCACGACUCAUCACCCGCAUACUCCUCCUCAUCACUGCAAUUCUCUUCCUAAGAUACCUCUUUGGCUCACGCGACUCUUCAAGAGAGAUACGAUCAAACAGCGUCUUCGAACGCGUCGCGAUCUCUGGCAACGCACUCGAUGUACAGCGAUAUCCAUUCCUCCAGGCGCGUAUAGGGAGAGACGAGCGUCCGGACAUGUUCGAUGAGGUCAUUGAUAAUGGUGUGAAUGACUUCUGGAACAGGUUCCAGCUACCUUUCAUGACCUCCCCCGAAACGGCGCAAAUUGACGCGCAGAUCGUACGAUCAGCCGUAGAUGAACUGCUCUCGCUGAACGGAUGGGUGGCCGCUGCAUGUCCAACCCUCAUCCGACCUUUUGGGCAAAAAGAGGGCAACUUCGAAGAACUCUCCGACCCGUCGCACCUCUACUACGUCGCCAUCGUUAUCCACUCAGCCGACCACUUCCUUGUCGAUCAACUCGCCGUCAUCGUCCAGAUGGCGCGGCGUAUUGGCACGCACAAUAUCUUCGUCUCUAUGCUUGACUACGACAGCCAGGACGCGACACAGACGUUGACAGACCUAUGCGAAGCAAUCCUCGUCCUCCUUGGCAUCCCGUUCCGUAUCCGCCGCGUCGCUGCGAUGACCCUCGAUCCUAGUGCGGCAUAUUACCCGCUCGAAGAGGCGCACACACGUAACCUCGUACUCGAGCCGUUACGUGAACUGUACGAGAAACGGAACAUCCGCUUCCACCGUGUCAUCUGGCUCAAGGGCUUUACGUGCCCCAACGAUAUCUUCGAGACCAUCAAGGUAUCACAGCAGAACGAAGCGGCUAUGGUGUGCGGCAUGGACUGGGCAGAACACAAUGGAUUCUUCAUCUUCUCUGACCGAUGGCGCACGAGAGAUAUGGACGGGGAUCAGUUCCGUCAGUCCAAGUCCAGCUCGAACCAGCUCGCAGGUCCUCCUCGGGAUGCCGUCGGUUCGGCCCGUUAUGCCCAGCACUUACCAUUCCAAGUGUUCUGUUGCGAGUCUGGGACACACGUCGUUGAUCCCGCCCAGUCCUACUAUCGCGGAAUCAAGUACCGUGCCGGGACGCAGUAUCACAACACGACUGCCUCGCCUGACGUGCCUGAACCGAAAUGGGACUCGAGGGGCGACUGUCAGGACAGCUCUCAGGCGUACUUCUGCCGCGAUCUGUGGGUUGAAGCUGCCAAAGAUCCAGGUGGGGACGCCAGAGCGGCGGAGGCGAUGUGGGAGGGGGCGCGGGGACGGGCGAAGCGCGAUGAGGCUGAGGCUGAGCCCGAGUCAGCAGAGAAGCGCGCCGGUGCGGUGGAUGAUGACCCUGCACCUCUUGCCCCUCCCAUGCAGGCCAACCCCGGCCCAGACGCAGAGCCUGACGCAGGUGCGAACGAGCGCAAACCUGUGAAGGACAGCUCCGAUCCUGAUGCUAACGUCGGCUCGGACUUCGACGCCAUGCCCGAGAGCGCGGACGACCCGACCUUGUCUGGCCCUGGUGCGGAGGAUCAAGUAGCUCUUGCGGUGCCUAACUCUGCGUUCCGCCCUGCACGCAUACUUAUCAACCCUCGGUGCGUGACGACGUACGCCGGGGUGUCCCAUACCCAGCUCGCGCUGGACCUGUUCGGCGGGGAGAGGGAGAGCAGCGUACCGGAUAGUGAGAGGAGUAAGUAUAUCCUGGACGAUUGGGAGGGUGCACCGGACUCGUUUGUCUGCCAGGAGCAGAGAAGGACAGGUGGGAGGAAGGCGACUAAGACUCAGAGGAGGCUCGCCUUCUCCGUGUAUGAGGAGCUGCAGAGGAGAGGGUUCUAGCAAUGUAAUUGAGGUGCGCUGGAGCACGAUGAGAGCAGAUGAUUGUUCGGACUUUUCAACUGUCUUGGGACUGUCCGUAGACGGCCGGCGCUCUGUGCGGCUGGUAUAUCCAUACGCUUGAAUCCUG